UUUUGGGUCCAUCAAUGAUGGUUGCACACACGCACUUAACACUUAAUCCCGCCGCACGUCAAAACGCAGAUAAAAUAUAUUUGUUCAACGCAGUUCAACGUUUACAAGGUUAUAGGUUAUAGGCAUCGAUCACGCGCGCGGUAGAUCGCAGCGCAGUACGGCUUGAUUUUACAAUAAUAUAUGAUAUGCGCGCGCAUUUAUCAGUUGAGACAUUUCAGAAAUCUCUUUGAAAGUUACAUUUGCAAUGUUGCAAAAUAUUACAUUGCAAAAACCUUUCAAAUGUAAGGUUUUAAUCAAGAUGCUUGCAGAAAUAUCCCAAUUAUGAUAUUUCAAAAAAAAUGGUCUCAGAGACAUUACAAAUGUAUUGAUAUACAAUUGAGACAUUGAAACAUCCCUGCAACAUAACUGAAACUUUAUGUGCUAUCAGGGAGAUUAACCUUACAUUUGAAAGGUUUUUGCAAUGUAAUAUUUUGCAACAUUGCAAAUGUAACUUUCAAAGAGAUUUCUGAAAUGUCUCAACUGAUAAAUGCGCGCGCAUAUCAUAUAUUAUUGCAAAAUCAAGCCGUACUGCGCUGCGAUCUACCGCGCGCGUGAUCGAUGCCUAUAACCUAUAACCUUGUAAACGUUGAACUGCGUUGAACAAAUAUAUUUUAUCUGCGUUUUGACGUGCGGCGGGAUUAAGUGUUAAGUGCGUGUGUGCAACCAUUCGAAAUAAGGCAAGACAAAGUCUUUUUGGAUACAAAAGAAUCACGCUCACUGGUACGCGGUCAUAAAAAAAGGUGGAUAUAGGAUUGGCGAAAGAAGAUCCUUCUUAGUGAUGAGACAUUGUUUCAAUGUUAUCUUUUAUUAUUAUUUCCUUUUGCACGAUUCUUAAAUACACAGAAAAAUAUAUUUUAAACAAUUAUUUUAUAGGCGAGGAGCAGUUUUGAGAGCAAAAGCAUUAUGUUAUGCGUUUAUGAUUAUGUAUCUAAUCUAAUGUGUCUGUAUGAGUGCCCUGAAUUAAUUGAAGCUUGGGGUAAUGAAUUUGAAGCUUUGUAUACCAGGUAAUUGAUAUGUAUUUCGAAUAUUAUUGAAAAUUACACUACUGGAGCUUAUAUAAUUUAUGAAAAGAAUAUAUUUCUCUGUCAUAUUUAGAUAUGAAAAAAAAAAACAGGUUCUCUCAUCUGUAUUGUACGUCUCGAAGACAAAUUAAAGCCAGAGAGUUGAUGAGGCUUUUCAUUAUUCAAAUACAAUUCAAAACAGGAGUGCCAUAUAUAGUUUUUAAAGAUCAUUGUAAUCGCACAUCAAACCAUCAGAAUCUGAGCACAAAGCUAUAAACGAACUCAACGUCCAAAUUUUUGAGACUUUAUUAUGGCGCUCUAGAAUCAAGUUGUGAAAUAAUAAGGACCGAGAAAGGUCCUUAUGAGUCAUAUGAAGGCAGUCUAGUUAGUAAAGGUUACGACAUGUGGAAUGUGAAACCAACAAAUUUAUGGAAUUUUGGAUAUUUUGAAGGUAAAAAUUGCUAAACACGGAGUGCGCAAUUCUUUGUCGAAUAGCUUCAGUUCAUUUUUCUUCAGUUUAUUUUCUCCUGAACUCUAUUGUCUUUAUUGUUCUAUACAGAGAGUCGAUUCAAAGGAGAACAAAAAGUUGACAUUUAUUGAAACCAAAUUUAUUAUAAAUCUAUUGGUACUAGUAUACAGCAUUUGCCGUUUGUGCGUGCCAGGAAAAUUUCUCGGAAAAGCUUUUUAGGAUAUUUAUAGGAUAUUUAUCAAAAAUGUCGGAAUUUACAAUUGCACUUUUUGAUGACGGACUCCAAUUGGUGCCUUCAUCGUGGAUUUUUAAUGAUAAUACAAUGUGUCACUGGCCGCCUUAUAUGAGCGAACAGAAAAUUCGGAAAACAAUUAUCGCAAAAACCAGUCCUGAUUGCACCUGGACUACUCAUAAAAUUCUGCGCAUUUUUGGAACGUCAAGUACAUAUGAGUCAGGAAUUGAAAAAGUAAAACUUGCCCAAAAAUAUUCCGACUUGGAUACUUCCGACAUCGACAUUUCACGUCACAAACGUACAGCAUGCAAAAAAAAGACAUUUAAAAAUGAUAAUUUUGUAUAUCCUUCGUCAGGUUCUGACGACAGCGAUCAAAACAAUAACACUGUUCCUGAAAAAGAAGUGACUGAGAAAAUAAGAACAUUUGCAACACCACCGCCGCCGUUGCCGAAAUCAUUUAUUGCUAAUGAACCGACAAACACAAAAGUAACACAAAACAAAGAUCUGCAAAGCGAAGAACUUUUUUCUAAAAAAAAUAUGAACAAAGAGUCCUCAUCUACUUUGUUAGCCACUCGAGACACUACAAACAUAAAAGUAAUACAAAACGAAGAUCUACGAAGUGAAGAACUCUUUUGUAAAAAAAAUAUGAACAAAGAGUCCUCAUCCACUUUAGUAGACACUCCAGGCAAAAAUAUUCAGCUGCAAUGAAAUAUUGAGACGAUUAAACCAAAUAUUGGCAAAAUUAAAUUCAAUAGAUGAUCGUCUCUGCAAAGUAGAAGAAAAUCAAAAUAUUACCCAAAA